AUGGGUCUGUUUUCAUGGCUCUACUCUCUCAUCAUUCUCUUCUUUUUCUUCUUUGUUACUUCUUUGUCUUCUCCUUCUCCACCUCCAUUGUGCCAUCCCCAUGAAAGCUCUGCUUUGCUCCACUUUAGAAACUCUUUCACCUUAUAUAACGAUACAUUGUUCUCUAUAGAGUUUCGUAGGAUUAAUAAUCCUAAUAAUACAAUUUCAUGGAACAAAAAUAUGGAUUGCUGCAGAUGGAGUGGAGUCACAUGUGAUGAGGUCACAGCUCAUGUCAUCCGUCUUGACCUUACAUGCAGUGACCUUCAAGGCAUUCUUCACUCCAACAACACUCUUUUCUCUCUUGCUCAUCUCCAAUCUCUUAUUCUCUCUCACAAUCUUUUUGAUGAUUCUGAAAUUUCAUCUCAAUUUGGUAAGUUUUCAAAUAUGGUUCACCUUGACCUUUCUCACUCUGGUUUCACUGGCCAUGCCCCUCUCGAAUUGUCCCACUUGUCCAACUUGGUUACACUUGACUUGAGUGGGAAUGAUCGUUUGAUACUAGAUACUUCUAGCUGGAAAAGAACUGUAGCAAACCUAACAAGUCUCGGAGAAUUGUUUCUUAGUGGUGUCAAUAUGUCUUCAACUUCACCUGAUUCCUUUAUGAAUCUGUCAACUUCUUUGACAUCUCUUGAUCUUAGUUGGAGUUCUUUGCAGGGGAAACUUCCAGAAAAUGUUCUUAGUUUGCCAAACCUUCAACAACUUGAUUUGAGUCACAACCUAAAUCUCAAUUGGUCUUUUCCACAAUAUAAUUGGAGCAGCCCACUUAAAGUAUUGAAUCUUUCUGAAUCUGGAGUCAUGAUAGAUCUACCUCAUCUUUGUAGAAAGUUGAAGUAUUUACACAUUUUGUCUCUAAGGAAUUACAAUUUCUUAAAACUUUCUCCCACAUUGCUUGACAACCGCACACAAAUCACUUCCUUAGACCUUUCUUUUAAUAAUUUUGGUGGUUAUAUCCCAUGGUCCUCCAUUUUAAAUCUACAACAACUAACCUAUUUGGAUCUUUCAGGGAAUAAUUUCGUAGGCCCAAUUCCAGAAAUUUGUAGUAACUCAACAAAAAAUUCAUUUUCGUGUGUCUCUUCAAAACAUCAAUUAGUGAGUUCUCCUCCACUGAAUUUGAAAUAUCUACAUUUAUCUGAUAAUGAGCUUAAUGGGACAAUACCAUCUUGGUUCUAUUCCCUUCCAUCUUUGCAAUAUUUAGAUCUUAAUUUCAACAAAUUUAGUGGUAGCAUUAAGGAAUUCCAACAUAAUUCUUUGGUAUCACUUUAUUUAGACUCUAAUAACUUACAAGGCUCUUUCCCAAGAUCAAUUUUUCAGCAAGUCAAUCUCUCGUCUUUGAAUCUUUUCUCAAAUAACUUGAGUGGUGUCGUGCAAUUUGAUCAAUUUUCAAAGUUAAAAAAGCUCCAAGUUCUUGCUCUUUCUAAUAAUAGCUUAUCAUUGGUAUCUAACAAUAAUAAUAAUGAUACUUUGCCCAAUACUCUUUCUCAUUUAUAUUUGUCUUCAUGUGGUAUAAGUGAGUUCCCGUACUCCUUAAGAAGCUUAGAAAAUUUAAGAUUCUUGGAUCUCUCCAACAAUCAAAUUGAAGGCAGUGUUCCACAAUGGUUGUGGAAUAUGGGUAAUGAUUCAUUGUAUUUCCUAGAUAUUUCUCACAACUCUUUAACGCAAAUAGAUCAUAUUCCAUGGAAGAAUCUAGAAUACAUUAUCCUCAGCUCCAACCGACUUCAAGGUCAUCUUCCAAUCCCACCACCUUAUACGAUAUUUUUUUCAAUCUCAAACAAUACAUUGUUUGGGGAAAUACCACAUUUGAUUUGCAAUCUCAAUAUUCUUCAAGUCCUUGAUUUGUCAAAUAACAAUUUGAGUGGGAACAUUCCUCCAUGCUUAGGAAAAUCAAGUCUCUCAGUGCUAGAUUUGCACAAGAAUAAGUUUCAUGGGAACAUUCCUUCACAUUUUGCAAAGGAAAGCUUCCUACAGAUUUUGAAUCUCAAUGAAAAUCAAUUGGAAGGGUCCUUACCAAAGUCAAUGCUCAAUUGUAAAGAUUUGGAAUUUUUAGAUAUUGGAAACAACAAGAUAAAUGGAUCAUUUCCCUGGUGGUUGGAAUCUCUUCCGAAUCUCCAAGUUCUUAUCUUGAGAUCUAAUAGAUUUCAAGGUCUAAUAGGCAAUCCCAAGGUGAGACAUCCCUUUCAAAAUUUGAGAAUUAUAGAUCUCUCUGGCAAUGAAUUCACAGGUCAUUUUCCGCAAAAGUAUUUUAAGAAUUUUGUGGGAAUGAUGAAUGCUACUUCAGAUUCCUUGAGAUACAUGGAAGCACAUUUAGGAUUAAGUUAUUAUGAAAUCAGAGAGAUCCCAGAAUUGCUUGGUAAACUCAGCUCACUCAAAGGGCUCAAUUUUUCACAUAACAAGAUCUCUGGCAGUAUUCCACCAUCUUUGGGAAAUUUGACCAAUCUAGAAUGGUUAGAUCUCUCAUCAAACGAGCUUGUGGGGAAGAUUCCAUGGCAAUUGGCAGCAAAUCUCAAUCAACUCCAAUUUUUAAAUCUUUCUUCGAACAAAUUUGAAGGUCUGAUACCUCGCAGUCGACAAUUUGAUACAUUCACAAACGAUUCAUACAAAGAGAAUUUGGGCUUAUGUGGGUUUCCAAUUUCAGAAUCAUGCAACGAGAACACCACACCCCAAGUUCAGCAAGAAGACAACGAGGAGCAUGUGAAUGGAUUUGAUUGGAAAAUUGUGUUAAUGGGAUUUGGAAGUGGAAUGGUUAUUGGAAUUUCGGUGGGAUACAUGUUCCUUUCAGAUAAAAUCAUUGAUGGGCUUGUCAAAACAGUGAAAGGAGAACAAUGGCAUCUUUUACCAAAAAGAUCAAAGCAGAGAAGGGCUCGUCAAAAUCUCAUUAUUAUCAAUGCCCAUUUGCGUUCUCUUAAACUUUCGGUUGGUUCUACUCAGAAACAGCUUGAAAAUGGCGGUUACGAAAAUCCCACAUCGGUUUUAGUCUCUCAGCUGGAGGAGGACGAAGAAGAAGGUCGUUUGGAAACUGGGUUCCUUGAGUUUCUCACAACAAAGGGUAAGAUGCUGUUUAAUUCGAUUGUAGAGUUGCCUUUGGAUGAUUUGAAUGGUUAUUUUGAUUCUGUAAAGGUUGAGUUGGUUGAGGUUGAUUUGAUUAGUCUGUUGAAAGCUUUGGACCUUUCUGGGAAUUGGGAAAGAUCCCUUUUGUUGUUUGAAUGGGUUUUGUCGAAUUUGUGGCCUGCGAAAGUGAAACUUAAUAGCCAGGUUAUUGAACUCAUGGUUAGGAUUCUUGGUAGAGAAUCACAGCAUACAAUUGCAUCUAAGCUGUUUGAUGAAAUUUCUCUAGAUGAAUUCUCGCUUGAUAUUCGAGAGAAUUCAUCUAGAGAACAAAAGCUAGUAACUGAAAAUUUUAGAUAG